UGCAUUACUUGAUUCCUGCACAAUGAAGUGGAUCAUUUUUACUUUUUUUUGUCUCUAUCUUUCAGAGGGGCUGGUAAGAGUUCCAUUGAAAAGAUUCAAAUCCACCAGAGAGACAAUGAAGGAGAAUGGGGUCUUGAAUGACUUUUUAAAGACACACAAGAGAGAGCCAGCUAUAAAAUACAACUGGAAUAGUCAAAGUAACUUUGGUGUGGCCUACGAACCAAUGUACCUGGAUAUAUAUUACUUUGGUGAAAUCAGUAUUGGAACACCACCACAAAACUUCCUAGUUGCCUUUGACACUGGUUCUUCCAAUCUUUGGGUUGCCUCCACAUAUUGCCAGAGCCAAGCCUGCACCAAUCACCCAUUGUUUAACCCCAGUCUGUCCUCCACCUAUACAUCCAAUAACCAGCAGUUCUCCAUGUGGUAUGGCAGUGGAAGUAUGACAGGAGUGCUAGGAUAUGACACAGUAACAGUACAAGGUUUAUCUAUCCAGAAUCAGGAGCUGGGACUCAGUGUCACUGAACCAAGUAGCUUCUUCUAUUACUCCAAAUUUGAUGGUAUAUUUGGGAUGGCCUAUCAGUCACUGUCUGCGGGAGGUGCCUCUACUGCAGUGCAAGGCCUGAUACAACAAAAUCUCAUUCCACAGCCAGUCUUUAGCUUUUACCUUACUAGCCAAUCUGGAGAGGUGAUAUUUGGAGGAGUAGAUAAUAGCCUGUUCUCUGGACAGAUCUACUGGACUCCUGUCACUCAGGAGAUUUACUGGCAGAUUGCAAUUGAUGAGUUCUCUGUGAAUGGACAGGCAACUGGCUGGUGUAGUCAGGGAUGUCAAGGCAUUGUAGACACAGGAACUCCUCUGUUAACCAUCCCCCAGCAGUAUUUGAGCACACUGGUGCAAUAUGUUGGAGCACAGGAAGCACAAAAUGGACAGUUUCUGGUAAAUUGCAAUAGUGUGCAGAACUUGCCUCCCAUUAGCUUCACUAUCAGUGGAAUUCAGUUCUCCAUUCCUCCUUCUGCAUACAUCCUUCAGAUGAAUGGAUAUUGUGUGGUUGGGUUUGAGUCAACAUACCUUCCUUCUCGGAAUGGACAACCACUGUGGAUUCUGGGAGAUGUUUUCCUUCGUCAGUACUACUCUGUCUAUGACUUUGGCAAUAAUCAAGUUGGAUUUGCUAGUAUGGCCUAAGCCAAAGACAUUUGGUAAAGGUUCUUUAAGAAGUUAGAUGUCAAUCUUCAUACGACUACAGUAGAAUUGUGAUACUGUUAAGCAUGCACAGUGAUGAAAUAUACAGGACAUUUAAUGAUACAAUUACUCAUAUCCAAAAAUAAACAAAAAUGUAAUAAUUCAA